AAACCAUUGGCUAGUUACUCAGGAGGCGGCCUAAAGGGGGACUCUAGAAUGUUAGGCCGGUGGUUUCCAUAGCGACGGGAAGGCUGGGUAACCCAGAUUCAGCCCAGGGAGACCCAAAGAGGUGGUGGGAUAUGACAGCUGCCUUCAAAUACUUGAAGAAUAGUCACAUACAACCGUGGCUUUCAAACUUUUUGAUGUGACCCAUGAUUCUAGGCCCAUGACAUCCUGUCAUGAACAGUGACACGAGGAACUUUGCCAGUAGGGCACAUUUGGGCAGUGCUCUGUUCACACCUGGGCUGCACCCGCUCUCAUCCUGGCUUCACAGUAUAGAGUGUUAUGCAGAGAAGCUUGAGCAUUGCCGCUGUGAGAGAGUCAAGUGAGGAACAAACACUGAAGGUGGAAAGGAUUGGUAGAGCACGCCAUCAUUCGUUCAGUCCUUCCUUUGUCAAUAAAUGACGUACUUAGAAGAACAUGUCGUAGAGUUUUUCAUCAAACAAAUGGAACAUGUCACAGAACUUUGCUAAGAUGGUUAACUCGACACACAAAGACCAACACCCUGACAAAAAAUGUUCCAGCCAUGCCAACAAAUUACAGAAAGGUUUUACUGCUGCAUAUCCAACGCAAUCCUCCAUCCCUUUUAAAAGUCAGACUUCAACAAUUCCGGAAUCAGAGAAAAAGGGAUUCAAUAGUCAAGCGAAGAGAUUUUAUUAUAAAAAGGAUAGCAUCCCAGGUCCGGGGUUCUACAACGUCAUUCACCAAUCUCCAGUGUUCAACAGUGCUUCGUUGUCUAAGAAAGGGACGUGCACUUUUCCCUCUGUGUGCGCCCGAUUGGACACCAUCAUUUCUAAAUACCCUGCAGCUAACGCAUACACUAUCCCAUCACGUUUUGUCUCAAAGAAAGACUUCAGUAAUUCCUGUUCCAGCAUGUUCCAGUUGCCAAGCUUUGCAAAAGUCCUCAAAUUUGAAACUCCUGCACCAAACCAGUACAAUGCCUCUGUCUCUUACUGCAAGCAGAGAAACAACGUCUGUGCCCGAGCCGGGUUUAUGUCCAAAACCCAGAGAGGAUUUUUCACUGUCGCUGAAACAGGACCUGCCCCAGGGCAUUAUAAUAUCAACGAAUCCCUUGUGAAGCAGUCGCCAAAGGUAUUAAUGUCUUGUUUUAAAUCAAAAACUGGACGUGGAUUAAAACUGACGUCAACAGGCCCGGGACCUGGUUAUUACAACCCCAAUGAUCACACCAAAAUUCUGAAAAAGACUCUUAUCCCGAAAAAUCCCAUCCUGAACUUCUCGGCGCAGCCUUUGCCCCUGCCCCCGAAGCCGCCCCUCCCAGGCCCUGGGCAGUACGAGAUCGUGGACUACGCGGGCCCCCCCAGGCACUUCAUCUCCACUGCGUCCUUUGUGUCCAGCACCAGCCGGUGGACAGCAGCCCCGUCCCAGCCAGGCCUGCCGGGCCCAGCCACGUAUAGGCCAGAAUUCCCUGGAAAGCAGUCCUUUCUCUACAACGAGGACAACAAAUGGAUCCCAGUGCUGUAGGGACCUCGCACAAGUUCAGGGAGAACCCUGGCCACCAACUGCCCCACCCAGGUUCCCCAGGACGUUCAUUCAGAGAAUGCCCAUUUUGUGCGUGACCGAUGACUCCCCGGUGGGCAGCUCUGCCCCCGGUCCCCUCCACCCCUGGCUGGUGUAGAGCUGGGCUCCUGCGUUUGUCCUUGUCUUGAGCUGCCCCCUGGAGAUUGGACUCCAGUGGUUUCCUGAGCAGAAGUGAGGAGUGGACAGAGCCUCCCUUGGUUACUUGGCCAUGCACCUGUCCAUGCUGGCUUUUGCAGGCCUCCCCACGGAUGUAAGGGGCUGCUGAAGCUCAGACUCCAGGGAGAAGGCGGCCAACAGCAGAUUCCGCAUCUAGAAGCCCGAUGCUGAGCCACAGCUCUGGGGUCCAGAGUGCACCUGCUGGGUGGACCACACAGGACUGCAGCCCAGGCACACUCCCAUCCUUCAGCCUUGACUUCCAGACUUCCCCUGGAGUCUCAGGAGCUGGGAAGGCCCAGAGGUGCUUGUGACAGACAUGAAGGGGUUACCUGGGCCUUUGCCUCCAGCUAAGCCUUCGUAUCUCAUGUUCAGGAAGAGCAUGGCAGCCAGUCACCGUGGUCACUUGUGUUCAUUACCCACCUUCAGGAGAGGCCACCACAUCCACUUAGUGGCUCAGUAUUGGGCAGCCCAUGUGGGCAGGAGCCUGCCGGAGCCAGGGCCCUGGAAACCGCGAUUCUGAGGGGCAGGGAGGCCACGUGCCACUGGCGCCUGCAGGUUCUUUCUUUCCCCGGGAUUUCCCUGUCCCCGGGCCUGGCCUCCAUCUCCUCCCAGACCUCCUGCUCAAGUGCGACACAGUCUUUAGUGGAUCUUUUCUGGCCUGCCAAAUCGGUUUCCUCCUGGCAAGAGGAAGAGAUUCCCAAAGAACCAAGGGGAACUGGAACUGAGCACAUGUCCCGUCCUUCCCCAAGUACCGUUGUUCCCAUCUGCAAGUGCAAGGCUCUGGUGCAGCCCCCUUCCCGUACCCCACAUAGUCAAGGCCUUUUCACUACCCGGGCCCCACCUCUGAUUUUUCUCUGUGACCAGAGAACAGCCUUCCUGUCAGAAUGGCUGCUGACUGGCCCUCCCUUUGUGCAGGGGUGGGUGAGGAAGAGGGAGGGAGAAGCAUAGAAUAACCAUAGCCAAUUAAAUGGAAUUCUUGCAUCUCACAAGAGCUGGCCUUUUCGUGAACCCCAGAUUCCCGCCAAUGCCCGCUGUCUUGGGGUGUGUGGGAGGUGGCCUGGAGCACCUGGCGAAGCGCCGUGAAAGGCUGGACCUCGGGGCAGGAUGCUUUGUGUUCCCCUCCUGUCGGGUCCGUAGCUUCUCCUUGAAGGAAAAGAGUCAGAUUCAAAUUCCGGGGCUCAAGGUCAGCACUUCCAGGGGCUGGGCAGGUAGAGGUAGUGCGUGGAGGAAAGUAGGUAAGGCCGGGAUGGGGAGUGGGAGCUGAGGCCGCUCGUCUAAAGGGGCAUCCAACACGGCUCCAACUAACUGUGGCCACAUCUGCCGAGUUUCAGCGGAAUCUGGGAAGUCUUUAAAAUGUGAAAUCUCCUGAUUGGAGAUGUUGACAACCAUCUUUCCACUUGAAAUUUUUUGUUGGGGCUAAAGGAAACUUCUGCAGGCCAUCCGUUGUCCCCUUGGGUUGUAGAAGUUCUGGAAGACCCUCGCAAAGUUGGCACUUGAUGCUGUAACUUUCUUUGACCCCAGACUUUUGACAAUGGGGCCAGACCCCAACGCCUUGAUUUUUAGGUCCCUCUGACCCUGGGGGACCUUUAGCAGACGAUUGGGCUGGACACCGCCAGCCCUGGGGUCUCUGUGGGCAGAGGCUGGGAAAUGUAUAGGAAUACGAGCCAGGCCUCUCCUGCCCUCGGGCAGCCGGGCUGAGCACUGGCAGGUAAAGGCUGUCUCUCCAGAGGAGCCCCCUCUACGUGGGGUCAGGAAAGAGGGGACUCUGGGAAAAAGGGCUGCCCUUGGCCAGUCUGAAUCUGGGUUCUAUCAAAGACAUGACUGGAGCUGAGGCCCUGAGCUCAGAGGGUGUGCCUUGCCCAUGUCUAGCCUCUCUUAAUAUGUCAUGAGCUGUCUAUAGUGCUGUCCAGCCCAGCAGUUCUCAGAGCCUGGCCAUACGUUAGGAUCACCCUGGGAGCUGUUACAGAGACAGACUGCCCAGGCCCCAACCCUUAGAAUUCUGAUUUAAUUAAUCUGAGGUAGGGUCUGGGCCUUGGUAUCUGUAUUAAAGUUCCCAGCAUGAUGAUAAUGUGUCCAGUUAGUGUUAGGAUACAAUGAUAGUUUAUUAAAGUAUUUUCCGAAUUUUAAUGUGCAUGCAAACCACUUGGAUAGCUGGUUAUAAAAGGCAGAUUCUGUAGGUCUGGGAUGGGACCUGAGAGUCUGCAUUUCAUUUUCUUUCUUUCUGUUUUUUUUUUUUUUUUUGAGAUAUAAUUGACAUAGAACAUUGUACUGGUUUUUGGUGUAAGCAUUUCUAGCGAGCUCUCAGGCGAUGCUGAUGCUGCUGAUCCAUGGACCACACUUAGGGUAGUGAAGGUCUAAUAAAUACACUUAAUUGCUCAACUCCCAUUGGCUUCCAUUUGCUCACUCGUCUGCUGUUUGCCUAUUUAUCCUCCCCCUCCCUUUUUCUUUCCCUCCCUCCCCUCCUUCUCUUCAUUCCCUCACUCACUCAUACCUCACGCCUGCUUUCCUCCUUCAUCCCUUUCCCCCCGCACUGGCUACUUGUCUUCCAGGGGAAAGCCACCAGGCAGGGGAUGCACUCUCCACCAGCUGACGGCCACCUUUCUAAAGUCACUCCUGUUUGGAAAGGAAUUACUUUAACUCCUUUCCCCCUUUGACCCUUUGGAGCAAAAGACGGUCCUAAAAUGGCAGCUGUCAGGCUCAGGAGGCAUCCUUGGCCCCUGACCUCUCAGAGGGCAGGCCUCUCUUUGAGGCUCAAGUGGCUUUUGUAGGCAUUGACAGCCCUGGUCUCAUCAUGUGGUGGCUUUGCUGAGGAGAACUGAGCCCUCGUGGCUUUACUGCGGCUGCUGGAUGGUGGGUGUGGGGCUGCCUGGCUCUCUUCCCGAACCCUGCGGCAGGCUUUGCACGGAUACUGAUUCCUUGUGUGUAUUAAUGCAGCCAGACCCUGGCAGAUGACAAAGGCUUCAAGGCCUGUAUAAUUAUGGCCUCUCUGGAGCAGUGGUUCUUGACCUUGACUGCACACUGUAAUCACCAGGGUGCUUUAAAAAGUUUUGAGGUCUGGGUCCACCCCCAGAAAUUCUGAUUUAAAUGCUCCAG